AUGGUUGGUAUCCUUAAAAAAUCUGCCAUACAUGGUUUGCGCAUCCAAUAUUCAACAGAUGAUUUUGCCGGCAAACUUGAGAUUCAAACCAAUCUUGCAUUGAGAGGAAUCAUUGGUCUCGAAGCCAUGUCGCACAUUUCCAAGCUCGUCGGCGAGACCGCAGACGCCACCAACUUCACCGAAAUCGCACAUGAAUACCUGACCAAAUGGAAACAACUAGGCAUCAACCAUGACGCCAAACCUCCACAUUCAACUCUCACAUACAACAAGUCCACCCACGGUGUCCUCCACAACCUUAAUAAUAAUGACCGCCUCCUCAACCUCAACUUCAUCCCCAAAGACAUCUACACCAUGUAA